ACUAUGGGGAACUAUUUGUACUUAUUGGGGAACUAUUUGUACUAUGGGGAACUAUUUGUACUAUGGGGAACUAUUUGUACUAUUGGGAACUAUUUGUACUAUGGGGAACUAUUUGUACUUUGGGGAACACAUAAAUUAUGAUGUUUUUACUUACGCUUCAAACCCCGUCAAAACUUUAAUGUAGAGCAUUUCAAAAUGUUUAAUCCGGUUUAAUAACACUGGCUUAUAAUUGUUAAGUUCUAAGAGUUAGGGCAUUAAAAGUUGGCAUUCUUUAUUGCACAUUUUAUUUGAAAAACUUGUUUGUUUAGGCGGGCAUCAACAAUUGGAUGCUCUAAAUACCGUAAAUCCAAGGAGUUUUCAACAGUUUACACGAUGGGAUUUCAAGAGUUUUAAACCAGUAAGUGGGAAGUGGGAAACAACAAAGUGCGCCAUACAAAUAAAAUCUUUGUAUUCCCGAUGUUUUGCGUUUAAGGAUCCUAAAAAUCCAAACUGGCACCAUAUAGCAAUGAUUGGAGGAGAGGACGGAGAAACAGAAGAUCCGAACAAAUCAGUUCAUCAUCUUGUGUUCGACGAUAAAACCAAUCAGCUAUGGUAUUACAACUCUAAGUCAGACCAAGCUCCAGGGUGUGCUGAAAGUAACUCUACGAAUCCAAAUCAACAGCCUAGCCUCCUGCUGGGUGUAAAGGGUUUGAAAGAGUUUGCUACAGGAAUACUCAGUAGUAAAGAUGACAAGAAAAUAAACAUUGUUGCAGCAGGAGGGAAGAUAAAUGGAACAGUGUUCAGGCAGUUAUUAUUACUUCGAGAUUUUUCACAGAAGAAUUCAUCAAAAUCUACACCGGAGAGAUACAGUUUCCCGCUAGCUCGCCAUUCUGCUUCAAGCGUUGUUGUUCCGACAGCAUUCUUUGCUGGCAUGAACUGCUCGAUCAAGGCAGAGGAGAAAAAUUCUGGAAGAGAAUUGACUUCCGGGAUUGGAACUUUGAUUUUUAUUCUGGGAUUGUUUUUCUUGUAAUUAGAUUUUAAUAAAAUAAGUGUUUAAUAGAUUGAA